AUGGCUGCAAAUAAAUCCACCUCGAAGGUUGGAAAAAGCCCAGCCAAGCCAAAGGAACCCAGAGACUCUGAUCUGAAGAAGCAGCUCUUGUUCCUGUGGGCCUGUCACAAGGUCUCGGAUGUUCAGAUUGACAUCCCAGCCGUCGCCGGAUACUUUGGCAUCAAGAACAAUGCCGCCCAAAUGAGAUUCAAGCGCAUGAAGAAGAAGCUUGAUGAAAUGGAAGCAUCCGCCAAAAAUGAUGAAGAAACUCACACGUCCAAGGCCAAGGAUGAUGACCACAAGGUUCAGACCAAGGAGCUGACCUACGAGGCCAAUACUGAGGAUGAGGGCGAUGCCAUGAGUGAAUAA